AUGCAGGCCUUUGCUGCAUCCCUCAGGGCUCCCGCUCGCCGUGCAGCUUUCCCCGCUGCUCGAAGCAUUCCCAGGGCAAAUCUUCGUCAAUCAUUCCGCAAGUAUUCGACCGAGCCCACCCCUCCAAAGUCUUCGAACACCACUCUCAUCUUCGGUGGUCUUGGUGCCCUCGCCGCCGGUGGUAUUCUCUAUACCCUUCUCUCCGCUGACUCUGCGGGGACUACCGCCAAGUCGGCUGCUCAGUCUAUUAAGGCCGCCACUAAGUUUGUCCCUUCCAAGGAGGACUACCAAAAGGUCUACAACAAAAUCGCGGAAACUCUUGACGAGGCUGACGACUACGAUGAUGGUUCUUUCGGUCCCGUUCUCCUUCGUCUCGCCUGGCACAGCUCUGGAACAUACGACAAGGACACCAAGACCGGCGGAAGCAACUAUGCUACCAUGCGUUUCGAGCCCGAAGCUCUGCACGGAGCAAACGCUGGCCUUAACGUCGCCCGUGGAAUCAUGGAGAAGGUCAAACAGGAGUUUGACUGGAUAAGCUACGGUGACCUUUGGACUCUCGGCGGUGUUGCUGCUAUUCAGGAAAUGUCUGGCCCCAAGAUUCCAUGGAGACCAGGACGUAUCGAUGGACAUGCUGACAAUGUGACCCCUGAUGGCCGUCUCCCUGAUGCGUCUCAAGGCAACAAGCACCUCCGCGACAUAUUCUACCGUAUGGGCUUCAACGACCAGGAAAUCGUCGCUCUCUCUGGUGCUCACGCUCUCGGCCGCUGCCACACUGACCGUUCCGGCUUCGACGGUCCCUGGACAUUCUCUCCCAUUACCUUGACUAACGACUACUACCAACUUCUCGUGAGCGAAAAGUGGGUCUGGAGGAAGUGGGGCGGUCCCGCUCAAUACGCCGACAAGAAGACUGGGUCCUUGAUGAUGCUUCCUACCGACUAUGCUCUCGUCCAGGACAAGUCUUUCAAGAAGUGGGUCGACGCAUACGCGAAGGACCAGGAUCUCUUCUUCAAGGACUUCUCUGCCGUCCUCGUCAAGCUCUUCGAGCUCGGCGUGCCCGAGUCUCAGUUCGUCACCUCUGACCGUUGGGAGAUGAAGACUCUCGACGAGCAGAAGGAGGCGUCCAAGUAG